UCUGUUUGUGAUAUAGCCCAGCAGGUUAAAUCACAGAGACGAGAACUGGAACGAUCCUUUAUUGGAAGCCAUCACAUCAGCGGCAGAGGAAACCUGCCCUAUCAGCUUGUUUUCUGGAGGGCCACUUGCAGUCACUCCAUCUGUGUCCAAAUUCAGUCCAAAAAUGACAUCACUUGUAUCAGAAGCUUUAAGGAAAGGAAGAGACGGUUCAGUUCAGCUCUUGUGAAGCGCAUGGAAAGCUGUGCUGGGAUGUACAAACGGCCGAAUUGUGACUCUUGCCUUCAGUCACUUGGACCUCAGGUGUGUCUACUUCCUCAUGAUUCAGGGAGACUUGCUUCAGCCAUGCUGAGCCACCAAGAAGAGGAAGAGAAGGAAGAGGCAGGAGAGUUUUUACUGACUUGCCGUAACACUGCAGGCUGUUGUGAAUUUAUAAGUCGGGCUGAUGAUGCUCAGUGGGCCUCUGAUGAGCAGCCAAUCCACUCAGAGUUAUGCACCACGUCGAGCCCGACUGGAUGUGACCCAAGUGUUUAUCUGGCACACCAUCAAAUGGAAGGAAUUACCACUGAUUACGCAGAAGUCUCACAAUAUUACACUGGAGGAUGUUGCUGUGAAGGACUGAGGAUGGGGAAAAAUGGAUUCCUAGAACCAAAAGAACACAAGUUCCCCCCCUGCUGGGCAGAACCUCCACACAUCCACUAUGGAGUGAGAAGGAACUUUGUGGUAGGAGUGGAGGUUGUGGAGGAAGUUGUUGUAGAAGAAGAAUUAGAAGUAAUAUUGGAGGACGUACAGGCAGAUGAUUUGCUGGACAUUGAGGUUUUACAACAUGAGCAUCUGUACCCCAUGAGAAAACCUGAGUGUUCUGAUUUAUGAGCUCCAAACAAAGCUUUUCCUCACUUUUGUUUGUAUUACAUAUAUUUAUUGUAACUUUUUUUGUUUUGUGACAAUGAAUUGUAAACAAAAUAAUGUCUGUCAUUAAUAAAAAGUGACUUAAACAGUU